AUGCAUGAAAUUGUCACUCUUCAGCUGGGCCAACGGGCCAAUUAUCUAGCAACCCACUUCUGGAAUCUUCAGGAAUCAUACUUUACAUAUGAAGAGGGAACCGAGGGACCUCCUAUCGACCACGAUGUCCAUUUCCGUGCAGGAUAUGGAGCAGAUGGCUCUGAGACUUACACACCGCGAACCUUGAUCUACGACCUCAAGGGCGGGUUUGGUACCUUGCGCAAGAACAACGCACUCUACGAACUUGGCGACGACACGGCCGGCCAAGGAUUAUGGGAUGGGAGAGAAGUUAUUCAGAAACAGGCCCCAAUCACGCCGAGCGAAUACCAGACCAGCUUGGAUCUGGGCACACCAACUCCUCGUCUGACCUCGGAAUCUGUUCGCUACUGGUCAGACUAUAACCGAGUGUUCUAUCACCCGAAGUCCAUUGUCCAACUCAAUGAGUAUGAGCUAAAUUCGCAAACUAUGCCCUUUGAGGAUUGGAAUGUGGGAGAAGAGCUGUUCAAGGAUCUCGACAAGGAGCAUGAUUUGCUGGAUCGUGAUGUGAGACCUAUCCUCGAAGAAUGCGAUCAUUUGCGAGCACUGCAACUUUUUGCUGGGUCAGACGACGCCUGGGGCGGAUUCACAGCACAGUAUAUGGAACGAUUGAGAGAUGAAUUUGGCAAAAAGAGUAUUUGGGUCUGGGCGAUUGAAGAUGGCACCAGAACACAAAGGCAUCACCAAUUCAAGAGAGAUACGAACAAAGCGAAGUCACUCUGCUCGAUCUCACAACAGGCAUCGCUUUACGUCCCAAUUAUUGAUCUUCCCAAUAAGCUUCCCGGUUACCUUGACGUUGAUCGCCAAUCAGAAUGGCAGAAGACAGCCUUGAUAGCAUCGGCGAUUGAAACUGUCACACUGCCUUCUCGAUUGAAGCCGUUCCAAUAUUUCGAGGCGGCGUUGGCAGGGGAGGAUGGUACACAUACCAUCUUCGAGUUGCAAUCGUCCAUCAAUAAAAUCAAUGACGGUCAUACAAAGGCACUGUCCAAUGAGGACGAGCAAGCUAAAGCCGAAACUGAAUUUGACAUUGAUUUCACCUAUGACGGCGAAGACAAGGGCCAUAUCUUCAAUCAAGUUCAAGUCUCCCGUGGAGGUGAACCGGAAAGGGCUUCCGAGUCCGCGCAGGACCAAGACAUUGGACACCUGCGGAAACUCAGACUCUACAAUUCAGAGUCUAUGCUUCAACGUUUCCACACCCCAUUCCGCCUCCCUGUUCUUGACAGUUUCCCGCACAGCAUGUUCCCUCCCCAGGAAGACGGCCUUCGGGUAUUUACCGCAUUGACCGCCUCGACACGAACAUCUCAACGAAUCAAGGCCCUUUCGGGUACUGCCGCUCGCAUGAUUUCGGUUGAGGACCGCGAGACGAUCGUCAACGGACUAGGCGAGAUUCGAGAAUUCUACGAGACUGGGUGGAGUAGUGGCUCGGACGAGGAUGAUGACUAG